UCCUUAGAAAUUGCCAUCUGCAGCAUUCUAGACUCCAGUUCUGAGGUUUGAGCUCCUGUUUCUCUCCAAUGAAUUUAAUUCCCCCUCAUGCCUGAAUAAUUCACUUUCUGGAUUGCUGUGUUGAUCCAUUUGAUUUCCUUUCUAAAUAAGGAUUUGGUGGGUUCUGCAUGAACCCAUGCAGGCCAGGAAAAAAUACCUGUUCGUGACUCUCUUGGCCACCUGGCUUCUGCUUGUUUUGUUUGGGGGAGACCAAAUAAGACACUUGGCCUUUUUCUCCAGCAAAAAAGCUGAAGUCUUAAAGACCUGGCCUCGUUGGGCCGACGAGUUUCUUCUCAAGAACUUUGCAGAUUCUGAGGAGCUCCAGAGCAAUGAAAGGGACCACAGUGACGAAUCUCCAAAAAGCCGGCAGCAAUUGAGGUUGAGUGUUUACAAGAACAGCCGGUGCCGUAUGGAGACUUGCUUUGAUUUUUCCAAAUGUAGGGAACACGGGUUCAAAGUCUUUGUUUACCCCCUAGAAGGAGGGGAUCCUGUAUCGAAAAGUUACCUCAAAAUCAUCAGCUCCAUUGAAGAGUCGCGUUAUUACACCUCAAACCCGGAGGAAGCCUGCCUGUUUGUUCUAAACAUUGACACACUGGAUAGGGACCAUCUCUCCAUACAAUAUGUCCAUAACAUCAAUGAGAAAAUCCAAGGUUUCCAGCUUUGGAAUGAUGGACAAAACCAUCUCAUAUUUAACCUGUAUUCUGGCACGUGGCCUAAUUACACCGAAGAUUUGGGCUUUGACAUUGGACAAGCUAUCCUGGCCAAAGCCAGUUUUUAUGUGGAGAACUUUCGGCCUGGUUUUGAUAUCUCCAUCCCUUUGUUUUCGAAGGACCAUCCUCAAAAAGGUGGGGAAAGAGGCUGGUUAUACAAGACUUCUCUCCCACCCAAGAAAAAGUAUCUCUUGGUUUUUAAAGGGAAGAGAUACCUGACCGGCAUUGGUUCCGACACCAGGAAUGCUCUUCGCCACAUCCAUAAUGGUAAAGACAUUAUUUCUCUGACCACAUGUAAACAUGGGAAAGACUGGGAGAAGCACAAAGACAAGCGAUGUGACAAAGAUAAUAUCGAGUAUGAAAAGUUUGAUUAUCAGGAGCUGUUGCACAACUCUACCUUUUGUAUCAUUCCCCGAGGGAGACGUUUGGGAUCCUUCCGGUUCCUAGAAGCUUUGCAGGCCGCUUGCAUCCCGGUCCUGCUCAGCAAUGGAUGGGAGCUGCCAUUUUCGGAGGUGAUUGAUUGGAGUAAAUCGUCCAUAGUUGGGGAUGAGCGGCUUCUUCUGCAGAUUCCAUCUACAGUCCGAUGUCUGAACAAUGACAAAAUCCUAGCCUUCCAACAGCAAACUCAGUUUUUAUGGGAAACGUAUUUUUCUUCUGUGGAGAAGAUUGUGCAAACCACUCUUGAGAUAAUAAAAGAUCGGAUAUUUCAUCAGGAAUCACGCCCAAAGUUCUUCUGGAACACGCUUCCCGGAGGCUUGGUGGCCUUGCCAGAAUACUCCACUCAUCUCAACGACUUCCCUUUCUAUUAUCUGCAGCAAGGAUCCAGCCCCUCCGAGAAGUUUACAGCAUUAAUCUGGGCCGUCUCACCCAUUGUCUCCCUUUCCCAGCCCAUCCUCAAACUCAUCCAAGCUGUCUCCAGAUCCCAAUACUGUGCCAAGAUUUUAGUCUUAUGGAGCUGCGAGAAGCCACCUCCACAGAAGUGGACGCCGACCACAGUUCCCUUGACUGUCAUUUUAAGGAGCAACAAGGUCAGCGAACGGUUUUUGCCUUAUUCUGCCAUCGGAACGGAUGCUGUGUUGAGUCUUGAUGAAUAUACCAGCCUUUCAACCAGUGAGGUUGACUUUGCCUUUGUCGUAUGGAGAAAUUUCCCCAACCAGAUUGUAGGCUUCCCAAUGCGCAGCCAUUUUUGGGAUGCCAGCAAGAACCAGUGGAGCUACACUUCAAAAUGGACCAAUGAGUUCUCUAUGGUUCUCACUGCAGCGGCAUUCUAUCACAGGUUCUAUCACAGCCUCUUCAGCAACUAUUUGCCUGCCAAACUAAGGAGCUUUGUUGAUCAGAUUGCCAACUGUGAGGACAUAUUGAUGAACUUUCUGGUUUCUGCUGUAACCAAAUUGCCCCCCAUCAAAGUGACCCAGAAGAAACAUCUCAGGGAGAGCCCACCUCAGCAGCUCCUGAAAAGUGCACCCCCAUCCAACAGCAGCCUACAUUUUGCACAACGCCAGGAGUGCGUCAAUCACUUUGCUGCCUGGUUUGGCAACAUGCCUCUGGUGCAUUCUCAGUUCCGCUUGGACCCAGUGCUGUACAAGGAUCAGGUCUCUGUGCUACGGAAAAAGUACCGGCAACUGGAGAGAGACUAGAUCAGGGGAGAAGCCCACUGCCGCUGUCUGGGAAGGCGCGUGAAGAAGAAGACACCAGCCAUGCUGGACCCACUGCUUACUGCAGGCCGUUGGUGCUAUGGCUGGAUUUUGGCUUGGGUUCACUGCAUUGAUGCCCUUUGAACUCUGGAUACUGAAAAGUGGAGACUCUCGCUGGCAGCCAGAGUGGUGCCAGAGGAAUGUUCCAGUUGUUCCAGAAUGUUUCCAGUCUUUAUUGGGUUUUACCAGUAUCAAUAAAGUU